AUGUCUGACGAAGGUGUUGUUCUAGGAGACGUCGUCGAACGUAUCAACGAAGAGGAUGGAACACAGAGUCCUCAAUCGAAACAGUCAAUGUCGAUAUUCAGUCCCUCUCAAAGUGUUCAUCGUCCUGGUGUGCCUCAGCCUUUUCGUCUUGGCAUGAGACCGCCCGUCAUGCCUCCGAUGGGCUGUCGUGGUCCGUGCUGUAGGGUUGGUCCACUUGGAAUGCGGCCCCCUGGUAUGCCAGGUUACAGAGGUCCACCCAGACCCUUUGACGGGCCGCCGCGACCUCCAUUUGAUAUUGCGCAUAGAGGACCUCCUAGGUAUCCUCCGCAGCGUUUCCCCAUCAGGAUGAAUGAGGGUGAUCCUAGCGGUGAGGGUAUGGAUGGAUACUAUGACCAGGAGUGUUUCCCGGAAGAUUUUCAGCAAAUGCCACCAGGUAUGCGUCCUCGUGUUCCACCGCCUCCAAGGGGAUUCGGACCACCGCCUGGACCCUUCAUGGGUGGUCCUCCAUGCGCGAGACCAAUGAUGAAUGGAGGUCCAAAUGGACCUGAAAUGGGACCACCCGGUUAUGGUCCCCCAAGGACAGGCUUCAUGGCUCCCCCAAGAAGUGUGCCUCCUCCUGGAGCUGCAUAUCCUCCUGGGUCGCCCAACCAGCAAGGUCUUCCAUCAUACGAUGGUAGAAUUAUUUUUUACCUGAUGCGUUUCGCGAGGCGUUAUGUUUGCGUAACUCAAGCAGGUGGCGACAUGUCCCAGUCAGCGCAGGAGGUUGACGUUUCAUCUCCUAGCAAUGUACCACAACCUGGUGGACCGCUUCUGCCGUCAGGGCCGUCUGACACUGAUGUUUCAUCCACCAUUCAUUCUGGGCAAAUACCACCUAGUUCUUUGCCACCAUACCAAAUUCCACCGUAUGGUAGCUCACAAGCCGUUUAUCAGCCAUCAUUGUCCAGUGGGCCACCUGGGUCCUUUAUGCCAAUGGCUUUUCCGCCGUCGGGAGUUUCACCCAUGAUGCAUGUUGGGCCUAUGGGGAUGUACAACAUGCCACCGCCUUCACAACGUGGGGUUCCACCAAGCAAUUUUCCUGUACCACCUCUACCUGGACAGGCGCCAAUGCAGUCGUUGGGAACUUCAGCCUCAUCGUCUAAUCUGAAAGAAGAAAUAUGGAUUGAAAAUGUCUCUGCAGACGGCAAAGUCUACUACUACAAUAUGCAUAGCCGUGAAACAAGAUGGGAUCGUCCUGAUAAUGUUACUAUAAUUAGACAGGGUGAUGUUGAGAAACCUGGAAGUGUUCCGUCGUCACAAGCUUCUACCGUCGGCCAAUCUUCGAGCAUCCCCAUCCAGGCGAACCCACAACCUGUAAAGCCGCCUGAGGUUGCUGCAUGGACUGAGUAUCAGAGUGGGGAUGGCAAAGCCUAUUUUCACAACAGUCAGACCGGUCAGACAACGUGGGAGAAACCGCAAGUUCUCAUCGAUUGGGAAAGUAUGGAUGGAUCCAAAAGUAUGGGUGACCCUCCGAACAAGGCGUUAGCUGCACCGAUCUCAUCCACAGGCUCCCAAGACAAGUGUUUGGAGGUGGUGUCAAUGCGUGUGUUUGAGGUGUUGAAUCCUUUCGAUUCUUGGUGGAGUGCAUUCCUUGGCGGUGCUUUCGCGCGGGUCGCUAAACGUGUUUUUCCAUUCCAGUCUGACUCUGGCCCAAAUGGCAGCACAGAUGUCAAGCUUUCUCACGGUCAGCAAUCAUUGGCCACUGAAAAGAAGGUCGACAAUUCAACCAAGCAUUCCACCAUGGAACAUCAGCCUGAACCUGAAAAAGAGAAGGAACCUGAACAAAAGGAUACCAGCCGGCCUAUAUCUAGCACGGCUGUUACGGGGACGCCAUGGUGUGUGGUUUGGACUGGGGAUGGUCGAGUUUUCUUUUUCAAUCCAAGCAAAAGAAUUAGUGUCUGGGAAACACCUGAGGAGCUGAAAGGUCGUACGGAUGUUGAGCGUUUGCUUGAGAAGCCGCCUAAUGAAGAAAAGGCUUCUGUUGGUGUCGACGAUGAGAGAGCCGGGACACCAACGCCACAAGAUCCCCCGGCUAAGAAAGCGCGGUUAGAAGAGACAAUUACGAGACGACAGACAGAGGCCCAGGAACUAACCGCGAAGGUUGAAUUAGUGGUGGUGGAUGAGGGAGUGAAGCAGCACGCUGGAGAACUGGCCCUGAUAGAUACGGCUAAGGAAGCAUUCGAACGGGCCGCAAAGGAUCAAGCUAGUGUACCGCUUGAAGUCCGUCUUCAGCAGUUUCGGCAGAUGCUAAUUGAUAAACAGGUGUCGGCUUUCUCUACUUGGGACAAGGAAUUGCACAAAAUUGUGUUUGAUCAGAGGUACCUAUUACUUACUUGUGAAGAGAGAAAGCAGGCGUUUGAAGCUUAUGUAAGAGAGCGAGCAGAGGAAGAACGUCGCGAAAAAAAAAAUAAAAUGCGCGAAAAGAAGGACAAGUUCAAUGAGCUUCUCGCGGUAGCGAAUCUUACGUCGAAGUCUUCAUUCUCAGAUUUCGCUUCAAAGUAUGGACGCGAUGAGAGAUUCAAAGGUAUUGAAAAGUCUCGCGAGCGGGAAUCCCUCUUCCAGGUCUUUCUUUCGGAUUUGCGUCGCCGGGAAAAGGAAAAGUCGAGUCUGAAGGACAAAGUUAAGGCGGACUUCUUUGCUCUUCUAAAAGAACAUAAGUCGAUAUCUCGGCGCUCACAUUGGUCCGGUGUGAAGAGGAAAAUUGACUCGGAUCCGCGCUAUAGAGCGGUUGAGUCUUCAAACCGUCGUGAGGAUUGGUUCCGCGAGUAUAUUCAGAAAAUAGAUGAUGGAAAAGAUGGUGCUUCUCGGGAGGACAGUGAAAAGCGUAAAGAGCGGGAAAAACGUGAGCGACAGGAGGCCUCCUUACGCGAACGCAAGAAGGAGGUUGAAGAGGCUCGGACCAACUCAAUGAGAGAGCGCGAUCGCGAGCGGGAAUCCCACCUACGCCGAGAAGCCGAGGCCAACUUCAAUGCUCUUUUAGCUGACGCAAUCAAAUCAGAGAUACUCUCAUGGAAGGAAGCUAAAAAACUCUUACGAAAAGAUUCGAGGUGGGAUUCCGUAGCUGAUGUCCUGACCAGGAGCGAACGUGAGACCCUCUUCGAUACCUACACUGCUGGUCUUAGCAAGAAAGCUAAGGAGGCUUUCCUUAAGAUGAUCAGUAAUAAUGAGUCGAUUACGUAUUGGACUCCUUGGAAGGAUGUGAAGGAAAUCUUCAAGGAUGAUCCGAGGUUCGAGAAACUUCUCUCGUCUGAAAAAAAAUGGAAAUCUGAGUAUCGAGAUUGGGCUGGUGAACGCGAGUCCAAGGCAAAGAACAACUUCAGUGAGAUGUUAAAGGAAAAGACCUCACUGAUGUCUUCAGCAAAACGCCAGUCCCCUGAAAAUGACACCAUAUUGGAUGACGUUUUGAGCACCCUCAAGGCGGACAUUCGCUACAGGGCGUUAGAACCGAAUCAGUCAAAGGCAAUGCUUGAAGAGUUCCUACAACGCCUUUCGGACUGA